GUAAUAUGGGGGUGCAUGAUAUCAUAUCCACUGUCGAAGUAACAAAGUAACAAACUCUAGUGUCAGACUUUAAGCUAGAUUCUGUCGCAUGUUUAAUAAAUCAUUACAUUUUUUUCUACCAUAAACUUAAAACAAUUUUAUAAUUUGUUUUUUUUUUUUAUUGUUUUUUGUUUUCUUUGGUACUCAAGUUGGUCCUCAAGUUAUUGUUUUCAGAAUGGACUGUGAGAGAUGUUGCACUUCCCAUUACCACUCAUGAACAGACUCAUUCAAACCGAGGCUUUGUUGCACCCUAUGUCUUUUUACAGAUUUCAUUGUUUAUUUUGCACCAUAAUUAUUAUAUAUAUAUAACCACAUGUUACAUUGACAGGACUGUGGGCAGUUGUGAACAAUGCUGGUAUUUUGGGUGGAAUUGGGUCGAUUAAACUUCACACAAGACAGGACUACGAAAACACUCUUGCUGUAAAUCUAUACGGCGUUAUCAUGGUAACAAAAGCAUGUAUGCCAUUAGUUCUGAAGGAAAAAGGGCGUUUCGUUAAUACAGCAAGUGUUUUGGGAAGAAUCGCAUUCUUAAACUCGUCAUACGCCAUUUCCAAAUACGGCGUAGAGGCAUUUUCUGAUGUCCUUAGACGAGAGCUUUAUAGAACAGGUGUAAAGGUACAGAUUAUCGAGCCUGGUGCUUUCACAACGUCAAUUUGGGGAACUGCGAGACGGUUGGCUGAACAGAAGGCAGCGGGCUUGAAUUUACCAGCCGAAGUCAGGUCGCAACUUCCUGAUGAUGCCUUAGCCCAACUCACAAGACCAUUUGAAAUGAUAGAGGAAACAGGAUCAACAAAACUUCAUCUUGUUGUAGAUGCCUAUUGCCAUGCCAUCACAGCUAAAUUCCCGAAAAAGAGAUACCAGGUCGGAAAUGAUGCAAAGUACUUUUACUGGUUGUUGUGGAAUCUUCCGGAAUGUAUAAGCGAUUUCUAUAUAGAUUGGCUUGGGGCUAACUCGAUUUAGAGUCUCAUUACAUCUAUAAAUAUACAGAUGGACAUCAUAUGUUUUUGUUGUUGGUCUUCUUCUGUUAUUCUGUUUAAUUUAAUCAGCAUAUGUAUUCGUUUACUCUAUUUACGUAUCAAGUAUAUAUGAUAACUUUUGAUCAAACUCGAAUAGGUUAACAUCGUAAGUAGUAACGGGCUGGUCGAAAGAAGGAGGGGGACUCCAUGACCGAGUUGUUAAGCUCACUGACGUCAUUCAUUUGCCACUCUCCUAUGUGGGUUCGAGCAUCACUCUUGGGCGUUGAAUUCUUCCA